UGAGAAUGAGGGGAUGGGGACAGGACUAAGGGGACAAAAUGGGUUAGGGGUUGUGGUCAGGGUGAGGGGUAAGGUCAUGUGGGGAUUUUCUCUCCUUGGGGUACCCCACUAAUUUCUCUCUUUCUCUCCCCACACACCUGACCCCUUUUCCCUCUCUCAUUUUUUCUCUCCCUUUUCCUCCCUUUUAUUUCUGCUCCCUCCUGCCACUCGCCUUCCCCGCCUUACUUUCAUGUCUGUACUGGGCACCUCCCUGGUGGGGGUCCCGAUCUUGGCCUUGCUUCGCUAUUUCUGUCCUCCUGUUUUCGCUCCGCUCUGCCUGCCUCCCUCAAUCUCAAUUGUUUCCCCAUCCUUCAUGUGCGCGUGUCUCUUGGUGGCCUUGGGGUCUCUGUCUCCCUCUUCCUGCCUUGCUGUCUUCUUCUCUGUCCAACUUUCUUGCCUCGCUUAUCUCUCCCGCCUUCCUGCAUCUCUUCCCGCCUCUAUCAUCCUCUCCCUGGGCCUCCCUCAUUCCUGUUUCUGUCACUCCGUCCUCUCUCUCUCCGUCUUCUCCCUGUCUCUGCUGCUUCCGUCUCUCUCCUUCUUCCUGCCGCUCUUUCCCUCCCCGUCUCCCUGGGCCUCUCUCUGCUCCUAUCUUGAUCCCAUCUCCGUGGGUGUCCCCAUCCCCACCUUGUCUAUCUUCCUCUCUCUCCCCUCUUACCUCUGUAUCUUCCUCUGACCCCAUUAUCCACCCUCGUCUUUGCGUCUCCCCCAAUCCCAUACUCCACUUCUUCCUAUCUCUGUCUCGCCCUAUCUCUGCGUCUCUCCCUGUUUCACCUCUUCCUCUGGUGUUUCUUCCCCACCUCUCCCUUCCACCUCCCUCUGCUGUGUCUGUCUCUCCCUCUGUCUCUGCCUGUCUCUCCUCCAUCUCUCUCUCUCCGUCUCUCCCUCUCUCUCCCCUCCAUCUCUCUCUACCUCUGCCCGUCUCUCCUCCAUCUCUCUCUCUCCGUCUCUCCCUCUCUCUCCCCUCCAUCUCUCUCUACCUCUGCCCGUCUCUCCCUCUGUCUCUCCUCCAUUUCUCUCUCCCUCUCUGCCUGUCUCUCCUCCAUCUCUCUCCCUCUGCCCGUCUCUCCCUCUGUCUCUCUCCCUUCCAUCUCUCUCGUCCUCCGUUCCUGUCUCUCCCUCUGUUCCAUCACCCCGACCGCUCCCUGUCCUCCCCAUCUCGGCGCCUGUCCCUCGCUGCAUCUCCUCCUCUGUGCGUCUCUUUAUCUCGUCUCCCUGUCUCUGCGUCUCCCGUCUGUGCCUCCCUCUCCUCCCCGUCUCUCCCGGCCCGGGUGCUCAGAGGCCGCCCGGCGGGGCCCGCAGGCGAUGCGCGGCGCCGGUGGCCCCCGCGGCCCUCGGGGCCCCGCUAAGAUGCUGCUGCUGCUGGCGCUGGCCUGCGCCAGCCCGUUCCCGGAGGAGGCGCCGGGGCCGGGCGGGGCCGGUGGGCCCGGCGGCGGACUCGGCGGGGCGCGGCCGCUCAACGUGGCGCUCGUGUUCUCGGGGCCCGCGUACGCGGCCGAGGCGGCACGCCUGGGCCCGGCCGUGGCGGCGGCGGUGCGCAGCCCGGGCCUAGACGUGCGGCCCGUGGCGCUGGUGCUCAACGGCUCGGACCCGCGCAGCCUCGUGCUGCAGCUCUGCGACCUGCUGUCGGGGUUGCGCGUGCACGGCGUGGUCUUCGAAGACGACUCGCGCGCGCCCGCCGUCGCGCCCAUCCUCGACUUCCUGUCGGCGCAGACCUCGCUGCCCAUCGUGGCCGUGCACGGCGGCGCCGCGCUCGUGCUCACGCCCAAGGAGAAGGGCUCCACCUUCCUGCAGCUGGGCUCCUCCACCGAGCAACAGCUUCAGGUCAUCUUUGAGGUGCUGGAGGAGUAUGACUGGACGUCCUUUGUAGCCGUGACCACGCGUGCCCCUGGCCACCGGGCCUUCCUGUCCUACAUUGAGGUGCUGACUGACGGUAGUCUGGUGGGCUGGGAGCACCGCGGAGCGCUGACGCUGGACCCUGGGGCGGGCGAGGCCGUGCUCAGUGCCCAGCUCCGCAGUGUCAGCGCGCAGAUCCGCCUGCUCUUCUGCGCCCGAGAGGAGGCCGAGCCCGUGUUCCGCGCAGCUGAGGAGGCUGGCCUCACUGGAUCUGGCUACGUCUGGUUCAUGGUGGGGCCCCAGCUGGCUGGAGGCGGGGGCUCUGGGGCCCCUGGUGAGCCCCCUCUUCUGCCAGGAGGCGCCCCCCUGCCUGCCGGGCUGUUUGCAGUGCGCUCGGCUGGCUGGCGGGAUGACCUGGCUCGGCGAGUGGCAGCUGGCGUGGCCGUAGUGGCCAGAGGUGCCCAGGCCCUGCUGCGUGAUUAUGGUUUCCUUCCUGAGCUCGGCCACGACUGUCGCGCCCAGAACCGCACCCACCGCGGCGAGAGUCUGCAUAGGUACUUCAUGAACAUCACGUGGGAUAACCGGGAUUACUCCUUCAAUGAGGACGGCUUCCUAGUGAACCCCUCCCUGGUGGUCAUCUCCCUCACCAGAGACAGGACGUGGGAGGUGGUGGGCAGCUGGGAGCAGCAGACGCUCCGCCUCAAGUACCCACUGUGGUCCCGCUAUGGUCGCUUCCUGCAGCCAGUGGACGACACGCAGCACCUCACGGUGGCCACGCUGGAGGAAAGGCCGUUUGUCAUCGUGGAGCCUGCAGACCCCAUCAGCGGCACCUGCAUCCGAGACUCCGUCCCCUGCCGGAGCCAGCUCAACCGAACCCACAGCCCUCCACCGGAUGCCCCCCGCCCGGAAAAGCGCUGCUGCAAGGGUUUCUGCAUCGACAUUCUGAAGCGGCUGGCGCAUACCAUCGGCUUCAGCUACGACCUCUACCUGGUCACCAAUGGCAAGCACGGAAAGAAGAUCGAUGGCGUCUGGAACGGCAUGAUCGGGGAGGUGUUCUACCAGCGCGCAGACAUGGCCAUCGGCUCCCUCACCAUCAACGAGGAGCGCUCCGAGAUCGUGGACUUCUCCGUCCCCUUCGUGGAGACCGGCAUCAGCGUCAUGGUGGCGCGCAGCAAUGGCACGGUGUCCCCCUCGGCCUUCCUCGAGCCCUACAGCCCCGCCGUGUGGGUGAUGAUGUUCGUCAUGUGCCUCACUGUGGUCGCCGUCACUGUUUUCAUCUUCGAGUACCUCAGUCCUGUUGGCUACAACCGCAGCCUGGCCACGGGCAAGCGCCCUGGCGGCUCAACCUUCACCAUUGGGAAAUCCAUCUGGCUGCUCUGGGCCCUGGUGUUCAAUAAUUCGGUGCCCGUGGAGAACCCCCGGGGAACCACCAGCAAAAUCAUGGUGCUGGUGUGGGCCUUCUUCGCCGUCAUCUUCCUCGCCAGCUACACAGCCAACCUGGCCGCCUUCAUGAUCCAGGAGGAGUACGUGGAUACUGUGUCUGGGCUCAGUGACCGCAAGUUCCAGAGGCCCCAGGAGCAGUACCCGCCCCUGAAGUUUGGGACCGUGCCCAACGGCUCCACGGAGAAGAACAUCCGCAGCAACUAUCCCGACAUGCACAGCUACAUGGUGCGCUACAACCAGCCCCGCGUAGAGGAAGCGCUCACUCAGCUCAAGGCAGGGAAGCUGGACGCCUUCAUCUACGAUGCUGCAGUGCUCAAUUACAUGGCCCGCAAGGACGAGGGCUGCAAGCUUGUCACCAUCGGCUCCGGCAAGGUCUUCGCCACGACAGGCUAUGGCAUCGCCCUGCACAAGGGCUCCCGCUGGAAGCGGCCCAUCGACCUGGCGUUGCUGCAGUUCCUGGGGGAUGAUGAGAUCGAGAUGCUGGAGCGGCUGUGGCUCUCUGGGAUCUGCCACAAUGACAAAAUCGAGGUGAUGAGCAGCAAGCUGGACAUCGACAACAUGGCGGGCGUCUUCUACAUGCUCCUGGUGGCCAUGGGCCUGUCCCUGCUGGUCUUCGCCUGGGAGCACCUGGUGUACUGGCGCCUGCGGCACUGCCUGGGGCCCACCCACCGCAUGGACUUCCUGCUGGCCUUCUCCAGGGGCAUGUACAGCUGCUGCAGCGCCGAGGCCGCCCCACCGCCCGCCAAGCCCCCGCCGCCGCCACAGCCCCUGCCCAGCCCCGCGUACCCCGCGCCGCGGCCGGCGCCCGGGCCCGCACCUUUCGUGCCCCGCGAGCGCGCCUCAGUGGACCGCUGGCGCCGGACCAAGGGCGCGGGGCCGCCGGGGGGCGCGGGCCUGGCCGACGGCUUCCACCGCUACUACGGCCCCAUCGAGCCGCAGGGCCUAGGCCUCGGCCUGGGCGAAGCGCGCGCGGCACCGCGGGGCGCAGCCGGGCGCCCGCUGUCCCCGCCGGCCGCUCAGCCCCCGCAGAAGCCGCCGCCCUCCUAUUUCGCCAUCGUACGCGACAAGGAGCCAGCCGAGCCCCCCGCCGGCGCCUUCCCCGGCUUCCCGUCGCCGCCCGCGCCCCCCGCCGCCGCGGCCACCGCCGUCGGGCCGCCACUCUGCCGCCUGGCCUUCGAGGACGAGAGCCCGCCGGCGCCCGCGCGGUGGCCGCGCUCGGACCCCGAGAGCCAACCCCUGCUGGGGCCGGGCGCGGGCGGCGCGGGGGGCACGGGGGGCGCAGGCGGAGGAGCCCCGGCCGCUCCGCCCCCGUGCCGCGCCGCGCCGCCCCCGUGCCCUUACCUCGAUCUCGAGCCGUCGCCGUCGGACUCGGAGGACUCGGAGAGCCUGGGCGGCGCGUCGCUGGGCGGCCUGGAGCCCUGGUGGUUCGCCGACUUCCCCUACCCGUAUGCCGAGCGCCUCGGGCCGCCGCCCGGCCGCUACUGGUCGGUCGACAAGCUCGGGGGCUGGCGCGCCGGGAGCUGGGACUACCUGCCCCCGCGCAGCGGUCCGGCCGCCUGGCACUGUCGGCACUGCGCCAGCCUGGAGCUGCUGCCGCCGCCGCGCCAUCUCAGCUGCUCGCACGAUGGCCUGGACGGCGGCUGGUGGGCGCCACCUCCUCCACCCUGGGCCGCCGGGCCCCUGCCCCGACGCCGGGCCCGCUGCGGGUGCCCGCGGUCGCACCCGCACCGCCCGCGGGCCUCGCACCGCACGCCCGCCGCCGCCGCGCCCCACCACCACAGGCACCGGCGCGCCGCUGGGGGCUGGGACCUCCCGCCGCCCGCGCCCACCUCGCGCUCGCUCGAGGACCUCAGCUCGUGCCCUCGCGCCGCCCCUGCGCGCAGGCUUACCGGGCCCUCCCGCCACGCUCGCAGGUGUCCGCACGCCGCGCACUGGGGGCCGCCGCUGCCCACAGCUUCCCACCGGAGACACCGGGGCGGGGACCUGGGCACCCGCAGGGGCUCGGCGCACUUCUCUAGCCUCGAGUCCGAGGUAUGACGCGGCCCCGGGGGCCCCACCGCCCCCUUGGUCAGCGCAGGCCACGGCCCGAGGGGGCGCCCGCAGUGGACAGGACCCGCGUGGGUUGGGAAGGAAAGCAGUGGAACUGGCCGGACCCCGCCUGGAGCAGCGUCCUGCGCCCCCUGGUUCUGGAGGAACCGCAAGCCGGAGAGGAUUUGGUCCCUCAACUAUCACCCAGCCUGAGAGCGAGGGGGCGGGGGCCUUGGAGCCCACCGGACUUUUUUUUAAACCCGACAAGGGCUUUUUAACGUCACCAGAUGGGGCGGGAGGUGGGGGGUUCACCCCACUCCCGCGUCCCACCUCCACGCCCGGGGCCGUGGCCCCCACAUCACUGUGCAGCUCCCCGGCCCCAGCCGCGCCUCCGGGGAAGCCCGUUUUUAACCUUUCAUCCAUUGGGACUCAAAACUGAGACGCGUUCGCCAAACUGUGACCCCAGACCUUGGCGCCGCCACACAGAAACCCCUGACCCAGACUGUGACAUCCGACUCCUAAAAUGGUCAUCCGACUCCAGACUGUGACCCCUGACCCCAAACUGUGACCCGAACCCCAGACUGUGCCCCGACCAGACUGUGACCCUUGACAUCAAACCGUGACACCCCCUCCUCCUCUUCCACCCUCGGUCGCUUUUCCCUACUCUGACCUAGGACACGUCCCCAACGGAAGCCCCGCCUUCCCUUGCACCGCGAUGAACCCAACCUCCCUGAAGCCAAAACUUCCCACCCUGCCGCACCUCCGGACCACCCCACUUGCCACCAAGCACAUCCUCUCCAAAUCCAACCCUUAUUCGCGACCCUUCAGUGAUGACCCAGCAGACCUCCAAAAAGCCUCCUCUGCCCACAUCUCCAGCCGGGUCUGGGGCUGGGUUGCGGAGGGGAGGGUCUGGGAGUCCACACUUCUCCACCAACUUCCCUUCCCACUCUCUUAUUCCACAUUGCAGUGUUUGGAAUAAACCAUGUUUUUAUGCCUCCUCA